UAUAAAUAGUAGCAACUAUCCCCGAAGCGCAAACCGACGAUGAUGGAGAAUUAUGGAUGUGUUAAGAAAUGCCACAGUAUAUAAAGGUGCAUCUUGUAUCUCACGGACCACAGCAGUCAAGAAUCUCUAGAAAAAAGCAUCGGAACAUCACACGCGUUACAAUGUCGCGCGCUAUUCUCGUAUUGUUCGUUGCGAUCGCGGUGCUUUUUAGCACGGCUACCUCACAACGUUCUGGGCGAUGCCCGCCAAAUCAAGAAUGGACUACUUGUGGAUCAGCAUGUCAGCCGACCUGCACUCAACCAAAUCCUCAAGUCUGCACUGCGAACUGCGUAAUCGGCUGUCAAUGCAGGCGAGGACUUUUGUUGAACAGUAGAGGAGGCUGUGUUUCUCCAAGCGAGUGCUAAAUACCAAACGAGACAUGCAUCUACUGAAAUGAUGUUCGAAAUUCUGGGGUCGACUCGGAACAAUUCGGACCGAAAUGCUUAUACGAUACCUAAGUAUAGAUUAGUUGCUGUCAAAUGUAAUCGGCAUAUGUUUACACUUGAUUACUUAUUGAAUAUAUGAGAAACUGAAAUUAUCAA